GAAGAAAAGUUCCGAUCUUUCAAGCCAGUCGGGAAACUUUUUAAGUACCCCACCUUCAACGCCACCUCUUUUUCCAAAGCCUCGGGGUCUCAUUCCAAAGUAAACACUGUUUCACGUUUUAGUCCACGUGUGCAGGAGUUACUAUCAAGACCUUCACAAAAUUUACAAGAUUCAGCUUCAGGUGGUGAUUUUACGGUGGGGAGGUUUUCAAACAUUGCAUCCAGGACUCGCUACACAACUACAGACCUUCAGAGAUGUGCCAUUGAUUCUGGCAUGGUUUGUUCAUUUUCUUUGGACUCAUCUGAUGAUUUCAGUCAUGAUUAUUAUAAUUAUAAUGAAAAUAUUUCAUUACAUUCUAGUCAAGGUCAUGAUGAGAUUUUAUUUGAUAGUUUUCAAUUGUUCACUGCAAUAUGUUGUAUCAUAUAUUUAUUUAGAAUUGCAUACAUUCUUCAGGUUGUUGUAUUUGCUGUGAUCUCACUUUUAAAUAGCUGAGUUUAAAAAAAAUUAUGGUUUUGAGUUAAGUACCUGCUUUUCAUAUUUCAAAUUGUAUUGUGAUAAAGCUUGUUUUAUAAAAACAAUAAUCAAGUGAGUGUUGAAGUUUGUAGUUAUAUUAGUUUCAUGUAUGUCAGUAUUGUGAAGUGUCUACACAGUUUCUCAGUUGCUUCAGUUAUGUUUGGAGCAAAAUUGCAAUAAUAUUAGUCCUGUAUAUUCAGUGCUUUCUCUUUGCAUUUGGAACACGAUGUAAACACAAAUGUACUGUAAUAUUACAGUUAAAAUGAUUUAUGUAGUCAUAUCAGUAGUGUUGAAAAUCUCGCUUGUGAUGUCUAUGUAUAUUGUAUUUCUCACACUCACAGAAACUAUAAAAUAUGACAUGAGUCACUGAAUUGUUGGCUUCUCAGUGACAUGGUUUAGAAGUGUUGCGUUAAAAUCAAGGAAAGAAUUUAGCUGUCAUGUGAUGAGUGAUUUUAAUCUUGUUCUUUCUUUUGCAUUCCCUCAUCUCUUUUAUCUUUACCAUUGCUCAUCUGUUAUGUUUGACAUCUUCCUCUUUCCUCAUUAAUUUCAUCCUAUCAUCUAUUUUGUUUUCCAGGUUUCAUUGAAGAAUGAAUUAUUUGCUUUGUUUGCUAUUGUGUGAGAAAGAUCCUUUGCAACGUACUGAUAUUAUACUCUACAUUUAUAUGAGAUUUUGAAAGAAGGCACAUAAUUAUAUUAGUACUUUUUUAUGUUUUACAACACCAAAGAUGAUAAAUAUGGAUAUGUUUUGAAGUAAAUUUUAUGCUUUUGUUAAGUUUAGUGAUACAUGUUCUAUUGUAUGAAUUCACGAAAUUGCUAAAAUAUAUUUAAAAAAUUCAGGAUUUUUCAAA